GGGGGCGGCCUGGCGUGCAGUCGGCGGCUCGGGGAGCGCAGCGCGCGUGGAGCCGCGGCCUCUGGAAGACUAUUGCCCAGAAGAAAAGAUGUUUGGUUUUCACAAGCCAAAGAUGUACCGAAGUAUAGAGGGCUGCUGUAUUUGCAGAGCUAAGUCCUCUAGUUCUCGAUUCACUGACAGUAAACGUUAUGAAAAGGACUUCCAGAGCUGUUUUGGGUUGCAUGAGACUCGCUCAGGAGACAUCUGCAAUGCCUGUGUUUUGCUUGUGAAAAGAUGGAAGAAAUUACCGGCAGGAUCCAAAAAAAACUGGAAUCAUGUGGUAGAUGCAAGGGCAGGGCCCAGUCUGAAGACUACACUGAAACCAAAGAAAGUCAAAACUCUGUCUGGAAACAGGAUGAAAAGCACCCAGAUCAGUAAACUGCAGAAGGAAUUUAAACGUCACAAUUCUGAUGCUCACAGCACCACCUCAAGUGCCUCCCCUGCCCAGUCUCCCUGUUACAGUAACCAGUCAGAUGAUGGCUCCGACACAGAGAUGGCUUCUGGCUCUAACCGAACGCCCGUAUUUUCCUUCCUAGACCUCACAUACUGGAAAAGACAGAAAAUUUGUUGUGGGAUUAUCUACAAAGGUCGUUUCGGGGAAGUGCUCAUCGACACGCAUCUCUUCAAGCCUUGCUGCAGCAACAAGAAAGCAGCUGCAGAGAAACCGGAGGUGCAGGGGCCGGAGCCUCUGCCCAGCCCCACACAGGAGUGGUGACUGAGGUUUUGUAGAAGGGGAACAA